UUGAAAGGCCAGUAUUGAUUCCCAUUCCCUUUAAAUAUUUGAUUUUUGGCGUUUCUUUCACAUCAUUCCCUUGUCUUUCGAAAUAUUUCCUCGCUCUCUCUUUUAUCCUCACUUUCUCAGCCAUCAAAGACACCCUUUUCUUUUCUUAAGGUUGUAAAAGAUGGCAGAUGGUGAGGAUAUUCAGCCACUUGUUUGCGACAAUGGAACUGGAAUGGUGAAGGCCGGAUUUGCCGGUGACGAUGCUCCGAGAGCCGUGUUCCCUAGCAUUGUUGGCCGGCCUCGUCACACCGGUGUGAUGGUUGGUAUGGGCCAAAAAGAUGCAUAUGUUGGUGAUGAGGCUCAAUCUAAAAGAGGUAUUUUGACAUUGAAAUACCCAAUUGAGCACGGUAUUGUGAACAAUUGGGAUGAUAUGGAAAAGAUUUGGCAUCAUACAUUUUACAACGAGCUUCGUGUUGCCCCAGAAGAGCACCCGGUUUUACUUACCGAAGCUCCCCUUAACCCGAAAGCUAACCGUGAGAAGAUGACUCAAAUCAUGUUCGAGACCUUUAAUUCACCUGCUAUGUAUGUUGCCAUCCAGGCUGUGCUCUCUCUGUAUGCUAGUGGUCGUACAACCGGUAUUGUGUUGGAUUCGGGAGAUGGUGUUAGCCACACAGUCCCUAUUUACGAGGGUUAUGCCCUCCCGCAUGCUAUUCUUCGUCUCGAUUUGGCUGGUCGUGAUCUUACCGAUAACUUGAUGAAGAUUCUGACCGAACGUGGGUAUUCAUUCACCACCACAGCUGAGCGGGAAAUUGUAAGGGACGUGAAGGAAAAGCUGUCAUACAUUGCUCUCGACUACGAACAAGAGCUAGAGACCUCCAAAACAGACUCAUCGGUAGAGAAAACCUACGAAUUACCCGACGGUCAGAUUAUUACCAUCGGUGCUGAACGUUUUAGAUGCCCUGAAGUGCUUUUCCAACCAUCUUUGAUCGGUAUGGAAGCUGCAGGCAUUCAUGAGACAACAUACAACUCCAUAAUGAAGUGCGACGUGGAUAUUAGGAAAGACUUGUACGGUAACAUCGUCCUCAGUGGUGGUACAACCAUGUUUCCCGGUAUCUCCGAUAGGAUGACCAAGGAGAUCUCCUCAUUAGCACCCAGCAGCAUGAAGAUCAAGGUUGUUGCACCACCUGAGAGGAAGUACAGUGUCUGGAUCGGUGGCUCGAUCUUGGCUUCCCUAAGCACCUUCCAACAAAUGUGGAUUGCCAAGGCAGAGUACGACGAAUCCGGUCCGUCAAUCGUUCACCGCAAAUGUUUCUAAACAGUUCAAUGGGAGAAAAUAAUCAAAAAGAGAAAGCAAUGACUGCUAUUAGUGCAGCUCUGCUUUGUUCUACCGUUCUUAUUUCAUCUAUUUGUUUUGUCGUCUUGAACAUUGAGAGAAAGCGAGGGGUUUCAUUGUCUUCUAAUUCUUUUAUUUGUUAUAAAUGAAUUUGAUGUUCACAAGCA